CCCAUCCACAGUAUAUAAGAAGAUAAGUUUGCCUGCUUGCGACAAAAGGUGUUAGACCGCUUGAGUGAAUUAAUUCGCGAGUGAGAAGCGUUUAAGAAGUGCUUAACAACUUUGAGAAAAAAAUCGCAGUAUAAUGGCGCCGGGUCAUAAAUUUAUAAUUUUUUUCCUGUUUACCAUCAUAUAUUUAGCAAAAACUGAACACAACAGACAUAACACACGAGAUGAUCCCGAUUUGUGGACUACUCAAAAAACAGGAGGAAGCGUGUAUCGAUAUCCUUCAUAUUCUCCUGUUACAAUUCCACCACAUCUUCCUGAGACAGAUCCAACUCCUAGACCCUAUCCUCGUGUGACAGAUUCAACUCCUAGACCCUAUUAUCGUGUGACAAAUCUAACUGAGUCUCCUUAUAACCCACCAAUUAACUGUGUUCGGCACGAUCACGACUUCAGUUUCAUUAACGUUGGUCUUCAAAAAAUCGGUCCGGACUUCAUCAAGAGCACCGACACUAUUCGCCUUAGUCUCAAUAGCAAUAACAUAAGCGAUAUUUCACCAUCCGCCUUUCGCAAUAUAAAGAACCUGAAGUAUCUGGAUCUUUCCGGGAAUCGAAUUCCGAAAGAAAAGUUAUUACUGUUGGCCAAAACCGAAAAUCUGCAGACAUUGAUUAUUAACAACAAUAAUGAUUCUCAUAAUCCCGCUACAGACACCAUGAAAGAAUAUAACGUUUUUCCAAACAUGAAACAUCUGCACCUGUCCAGUAAUCAAUUACGGAAUUUUCAAGUGCAUUUUUAUCUAGCAAUGCCCUACUUGACGCACUUACAUCUGAACAAUAACAGCAUCAGUUCCAGUGAUGCAGUAUUUGAAAAUAUUCCGGCAACGUUGAUUCAACUUCAUCUAAACAAAAAUUCUAUUGACCGAGUCAAAAAAGAUAAACUCAGAAGUUUGCAAGAACUCAGUAUGGACAAUAACGUCAUCACCCAAGUAUGCUUUGAGAACUGUCAAGACACAUCCAUAUCAUUGAAAGGCGCUACCGAAAUGCAGAAUCUGUUUUUAUCCAAGAAUCUGAUCUCAGAGAUAACACUCGAUGCCUUCACUGACACGAGAAGCCUGUCGACGUUAGAUCUAUCGGGCAACAAGAUCGCUGACAUAGCCAAGGGCACAUUUAAUAAUAUUAACUACAUAAGUAAUCUUUCACUGGCUAACAACAUUCUUGCCACCGUACCGGACGUGUGCUCGAUAUUCUACAUCGUGAAUCUGGAUCUGUCUGGGAAUCGCAUCAGCGCUAUUCAUUCCGACGCUUUCUGCGCCCACCUGCGAAAUCUGGAAUACUUACAUUUAUCAAACAACGUUAUAACCACAAUUGAAGCCCGGGCUUUCCGUAGUCUCGAGAAACUGAAGUAUCUGGACCUCUCCGGAAAUCGCCUUAGGCAACUACCGGCGCAUUGGAUAUACUCGUCGUACGUCCAGGAGCUGCAUCUAGAACGAAACAACUUUACCAACCUAGACAGUAUAUCGCUGAUCCACAUUAAGACGUUGAGCGAUGUUUAUCUCGAUGAAAACCCCAUGCCAAUACUGAACACACAAUCUUUCCAAGUCCUUCCAGGACAUUUGAGAGUGCACUUGAAGAAUGUACGUAUUCAGGACGAAUGCGAGUGCCAAUGUGAGAAUGAUAACGAGGAUAACGAUGAUGAUGCUGAAUAUAAGGAUGAAAACGAUGCUAGGGAUGAUAAUAAGAAUGAUGGCGAUAAGUCUUCAUACGAAAAAUCGUCUUGGUCUUUUUAAUUGUAUCAUUUAAGUUUUAUUCCUUAAUAUUUUUUUUACGAAAUACGUUAAUUAGAGAUAGAUUAUCUGGAUUAAAGUACAAUCGUGAUAAAUUUUACUUGAAAUAUCCUUUAACUGAUUUAUUAAAACAACGUUGCAAACAAAUUUUGUUUGAAUAUAAAUACGAGAGAUCACAAGUGUGAGAAAAAAAUUUAAGAAUCUCAGUUUGUAUUCAAUUAAAAAAUACUGAUAAACAAAAAGUAAUUUAUACUAAAAUUCUUCAAACAUUUGAAAAAUAUAUUAUAUAAAAAUAUAUAUUAGCAAAAUUACAACUAUUUUUGAAAUUAUUUUUAUAUCACGUUUUUAGGAAGUAUAUCAAUUAUGUUCUUCACUAUACAGUUUCACUUGACGUUUUAAAUGCUUCGAAGCAUUUAACUGACCAAUUGGAACAAAGAAUUUUAUUAAUUGAUCAUUCAAAAAAUGUUUCGAAGCGUUUGUAGUGCCAAGUGGACCAUAGCCACAGAUAAAUAAUUAAGUUUCAGUAGCACAUACGAUUAUUUAGUUGUACAAAUGAAUCAUUAAAUAAUAAUUGCCGGAUUAUAUAAUACAUACAUUAGCCAGUAUAUCAAUUUGCAAGCAAUUUUGUUCUUUUACUCUACAGCUAAAUAAUUAAGGUCCAUUAUCAUGAUAUGUACUUAUUUAGUUUUAUAAACGAAGGCCAUAUAACAAUCAUUAUCGCUUUGUAGUGUUCAUAUGCUUAAUGAAUUACCGAAGCGAAGUACAUUAUUCGAAUUUGUUCUAUUACGACUGUACUUUACUACUGCUUCGUUAAAUGCUUCAUCACUUAUUAUAUGUAGUGCUACAACACAAUUAUAUAAUAUUCGUGCGUAAUUACGUAUCCUACUUAUUUUUUUUUUAAUAAAUGCUUUUUUUAAUAAACUCGUGUUAACAUGUAAAGU